UUCAUCCAAUCAAAGUCUGAGCAACAAAAAAGUCAUGAGAUCUCUCACAAUUUUCUUGUUUCUCUUCUCACUUAUUCUGAUUGCAAGUCUUUGUGAUGCAAGAGCAGACCCUGAUAAUUACUGGAAAAUUGUAAUGAAAGAUAAGCUUAUGCCGACAACGUUUCAGGAUGCCCAAAGCCAAGAUACACAAAGAUCAAGUGGCGCAGAUAAUUACUGGAAAAUUGUAAUGAAAGAUGAGCUUAUGCCGACAAUGAUUCAGGAUGCCCAAAGCCAAGAUACACAAAGAUCAAGUAACGAAGAUAAUAAAAAGGAUCAACUCGUUACUCGUUUUGAUACACUACCUAAUCUCAAGAUUUUCACAAGAGACUUUAAUACAAAACCUAAUAUCAAUGAUUACCAUAAGCCUCCUAGGAAGUAAAGUUAUUCAAUUACCACCAGAAAACUAUCAAUAAUAAAUACAAAUAAACUUUGGGUUAUGUUUUCGUGUGUGAAUUGAAGGAUAAAUACUUCAAUUUUAGUAUUUAUACAACAAAUCCUUUUAAAACGAUGAUACAUACAUACAUACAUACAUACAUACACGCACACACGCACACACGCACACACGCACACACAAACACACAUACACACAUACACACAUACACACAUACAUGCAUGCAUGCAUGUAUGCAUGCAGCAUGCAUACAUACAUACAUGUAGAGAUUUGUACAUUUUUUUCCUAAGAAGCCAUGUAAAUAUGACAUGUGAAAAUUCUCAAGUUUUAGUAACAAGGGUAUAAGAUAAAUUUUGGAUCAUAGAUUAU